AUGGUGGCUCCAGCAAUCUUGGCCAUCUUCGCGCUGGGUUGCACCGUUGUGGCAGCCGGACGUUUGGCCCAGCAGCAGCAACAUUCCACAGGAGCAUUGCAGCCGGUUGCCUUGUCCAAGUCCGUUUUGGCAACUGCCAAGAGCCGGGCACUUUUGAAGGUGACAGACAAACAGGACUUGCCGGACGAAGAGGUCUGUCAGAGUCAAAUUGCGAGCUUUGACCGGCACGUCAAGGAGUUUUGCGAGCAAAUCCGGCCAGAUAUUCAGAACGGCUCCUACGCCUGGCUGACCUAUAUCUCGGAUGUGCGCGCCACCGAGAUGGCGACAAGCAUCUCCGCUGCCUUGUGGGCUGGCCAGCCGGAUGCCUCAUCUGGCUUUCUGUUUGCUCGCGCGUCCUUCAGGGAGAAGGGGCUCUUGCUCUGGAGCGGGGCUGGUGUACAUUCAAGACAGUUUUGGUGUGAGGAGCUGGGCUUGUACAUGUUGCACGACGACAUCCUGGGUGAUGCAUUUCGAACUCCCUUUGGAUCCCUUCUGGAGAUGGAGGGCGUGAAGGACUCGAAAGGCAGACUCUUUGGGAGUUGUGGGUGGGAGCGAGUGGCCCCAUUCUGGCGGUCGGCCUCCGAGGCGGUGGUUCAAAGAAGUUCGCAGGAGCUGGGUGUUCGGGUGCUUCUGAACAAAGCCCUGGUUGGGGGAGAGCAGACACUGACGAAGAGUGCCUUUUUCCGGUUCGAGUUGGUGGGCCUGGCGAGACAUCCCCCCAAACAGGGGAUGAGGAUCCUGAACGCCCAUGAGAGCGUGAAGUGUCGCCACGUCAUGCCCCUAAUCCGUGCCAGAAUCGAGGAGGUGGGCUCAGCCGUGAAUUGGAAGUCGGUUCAGAGCUUCGCUUGCGUGGACAUCCCAGAGCUUCCUGAGAGCCAGGCCAGAGCUCUGGAUUCCCAGGCUUCGCAGUUUCCGAAACCUUGGUCCGAUCUUGACCCGGAGUGCAAAGUCACCAACCAGGCCCUGACGCGGCCGCUGUUUCUUGAGUGCCUCUCAAAAGGCCAAGUCGCUUGGACCGACCUCUCGGAGCUCAACGGAGCACAGCGGAUCAAGGGUGUUGUCAGUACUCUGCAAGAGCGCGGGCCUCAAGUGGCUGUGGUUUUCCCCGAUUUGGUGCGCAUGCUUCCGAGUCGUAUACUGGAAGACUUCUUCAAUGUGACGAGGAAGUUCUAUUCAUGGGAUCAUCGUGUCAACGAAUUGGAAUUGGUUUCGAAGGCCUGGGAUUUCUUGAGCGAUGGGGAUUGGACCGUCGAUCCUGAUCUUCCAACUCUCAGACUACUCCUGACCGCACCUCGUGACGAGAUUCGCUUGAAAGCUGUUCAGGCCUUGGCCGCCAUCUCUCGACAGUCCUCCGACAUUCAGUCGGUAAUGACUUGUCUCUGGAUGGCCAUGAGCGACGAUAGCCGGGAGGUGCGUGGGACAGUGGCGCAGACUUUGGUUCACUUGGGGACGAGGUCUGAUAUAUAUCUGGCGCUAGAGACCGUGAAGAAGGUCCUGAGUGGAGACGCUGAAUCCGUCUGGCAUGGCCCAAAGACGAAUUUGAUCCUGGAAAGCGGUAUCGCAGAUGAGCGUGCCGUUGCUACAGCUGUGAUGGUCUUGGAAGGUCUCGCAGAUCAACACUUCGGUGCAGUGCUGCCCAUUCUUAAACGCGCAGCCGCAAGUGGUAAGAUUAGGACUCGCCUCAAAAUCAUAAAGGCCGCGGCUACUCUGUGCAAGAAUGACAGGACCAGAAAGGGAGAUCUCCUGCCGCUCCUGCAGAAUGCUGCUGCGGAUGUCGCGCCGGCUGUCAGUCGUGAGGGUCGCGACGCACUGAUCUUCUCGUGCCCCCGGCUGUGA